GUAUCCAAAGCGUUUUCCAUCGGGCGUCCACAGCCGCGUCCCCCUGUGUAGCAGGAGCAGUGCGGAGGGCUUGCCAGCUGGGCGGGGCCCGAGCGGCCAUUGGCGGCUUCAAAAGCGCCUCGGCGGGAACCGCGGUAGACGCGGCGGGCGAUGCGGAUUGGUAAGGAAUGGCAUGCUGCAGGACACGCAGAAUUAAGAAUCUUCGGAAGUGCUAAGGAACGUUACAUCUUGCCAUUGGGCACCCUACCCUGAAUGCCCCGAUCUCCGAAGCUUAUAGCAGCAUCUAGCCUGGGCCAAAGAGAUGAAUGAGAAUGUUGCUGAGUUUCUCCGGAGGAUGAUCCUAAAAAUCCCUUUAUGUGAGAUGAAGACCAUCCUAGAAGCCUGGGAUUUUCUGUCUGAAGACCAACUGCAGACCAUAAACUUGAAGCAGAAAAAGGAAUCUCUAGCCCAACAAGUAAUUCUGCUAUGUAAGGACAAGUGUGCAAGUCUUGAUGACAUGGCCCUUUUAGACAUUGUGUAUACUCAAUUUCAUCGGCACCAGAAGCUUUGGAAUGUCUUUCAGAUGAGUAAAGAUCCAGGUGAAGAUGUCAACCUUUUUGAUAUGGAACAGUUCCAAAGUUCCUUUAAGAGAAUUCUUCAGAGAGCAUUAAAAAAUGUUACGGUCAGCUUCAGAGUCUACGAGAAGAAUUCGGUGUGGAUUCGGGUUGCCUGGGGAACACCGUAUUCACAGGCAAACCAGUACAAGCCCACGUUUGUGGUGUAUUAUCCUCAGACUCCGUAUGCCUUCAUUUCUUCCUGCUUUCUGAAGAGCACUGUGCCCCUUCUCCAUCAGGCACUGAAAGUUGCUACCAAACACCAUCAGAUCGUGCAGUUGGAUCUGAGAAGCAGGCACCUGGACUCACUCAAAGCCAUUGCUUUUGGAGACUAUAAUCAGACCUUUGAAAAUUACAACUCCACAACGUCUCUGCAUGAAAGAAACCUUGGACUAGAGAUAAAUUUGGAUUCUAAGAUCAGUCAUGAAAACACAGAAGAAAAAGUGAGAAUCCACAGAAUCACUCAAGAGACCUUUGGAGCCUAUCCUCAGCCACAGCUAGAGUUCGCACAGUAUAAGCUAGAAACCAAGUUCAAGAGUGACAUAGGUGGGGGCAUCUUGGCCGACAGGAAGGAGCCCCUCCGGUGCCUUGUAAAGUUCUCCAGUCCACAUCUUUUGGAAGCAUUGAAAUCCUUAGCACCAGCCGGCAUAGCAGAUGCACCACUUUCUCCACUGCUCACCUGCAUACCAAGCAAGAAGAUGAAUUAUUUUAAAAUUAGAGAUAAAUGAAAUACAUAUGGCUUAGCUUUUAUUGCACAUGCAAUUCCAGUUAUACACGUGCGCGCACACACACACACACACACACACACACACACACACACACACGCACGCACGCACGCACACACGGACGCACGCACGCACGCACACAGGAGGCUGCAGGUUGACUUCAACCCUCGCACACGUCAACCAUAGGCACAGUGGUUGAAUCUAUAGGCACCUACUGUACUUUCUCCCACUGCUGCUGCUGCUCACCCUCAGAAGUCUGUUUCUGUGGAAUAUCUGUUCCACCCUCAAUCACAGACAGAAGAACCAAGAGACUACCCUAGCCCAGACUAGGAGAAGCAGAGGAGAACUGGUGCUACACCACAAGGCUGCAUAGCUAAUGGCUUCUUUGUGUAAAAUAACUUUUUUGUUGUACAUAUGCUUUUCGUGAUCUCUUAUGCAUGGAAGACAGAAACUGAGCAUCACUGUUACACUAAUUUGUGAAUAAAGAUAUUGACAAACUGG